CAUCCAACGCUCCGUAAGCUUCCUUCUUAUCGAACUAGCCCUUAUAAAGGCGCCGCCUGGCUUCCGAACCGCGUCUCCCCCGCCUCCGUCUGCCCCCUCGCCGUCGCUCCGCUGACCUCAACCAGCCGCCGGCGAAAUGGCCCCUAAGCGAGGCGGCAAGGCGCCGGUCCCGGCGAAGAAGAAAACGGAUAAGGUGACCAACCCGCUGUUCGAGAAGAGGCCGAAGCAAUUCGGUAUCGGCGGCGCCCUCCCGCCCAAGAAGGACCUACACCGCUUCGUUAAGUGGCCCAAGGUUGUGCGAAUCCAGCGCCAGCGCCGCAUCCUCAAGCAGCGCCUCAAGGUGCCCCCGGCACUCCACCAGUUCACCCGCACCCUCGACAAGAACCUUGCAACAAACUUGUUCAAGAUGCUUCUUAAGUACCGGCCUGAAGACAAAGCUGCCAAGAAGGAGAGGCUUCUAAAGAGGGCCCAGGCUGAAGCUGAAGGGAAGACUGUUGAGGCCAAGAAGCCAAUAGUUGUUAAGUAUGGCCUUAACCAUGUUACCUACCUAAUCGAGCAGAGUAAAGCCCAGCUGGUUGUCAUAGCUCAUGAUGUUGAUCCGAUUGAGCUGGUUGUGUGGCUCCCUGCUCUUUGCAGGAAAAUGGAGGUCCCUUACUGCAUUGUCAAGGGAAAAUCUCGCCUUGGAUCGAUUGUUCACAAGAAGACUGCCUCUGUUCUGUGCCUGACCACAGUGAAGAAUGAGGAUAAGCUUGAGUUCAGCAAGAUCCUUGAGGCUAUUAAGGCGAACUUCAACGACAAAUUUGAUGAGGUUAGGAAGAAGUGGGGUGGUGGUGUCAUGGGCUCCAAGUCGCAAGCGAAGACCAAGGCCAGGGAAAGGCUUAUCGCAAAGGAGGCUGCGCAGCGGAUGAACUAAGUUUAGCAUUGUUAAACCAUAUCUAUUGCUCAUCCUUGAGUAGUGUGCAAGCAUACUGUGGCUGUUUGGCUUCAGUUUUGAAAGUCAUUUUUGUUUGUCCGAGACAUCUUGGAAAGAACAGUGUAAGAAGGAAGUAUUUUUGUUUAAUGCCAGUUAGUAUCCAUGAUCAAGCUCA